ACUCUCCUCUGGAGGGGUUUGGCACCAGUACCCCGCCCAAAGCGGUGCCGCUGCCCAAAUCCUCCCAGGCAGCUCAUCAAAGCACUUGCAGCUCUGAGCAGAGCUCUGGACCAGCAAGCCUGGAUGUCCGUGGGUCUGUCUGCCUGGACAUCUGCUAGCGUCACCGUCACCCCUCCUUCCCAUUGCCUCCUGAGCCCCAGUGUGCAAAAGCACAGCUCUCCCUCCACAGCCCCAGCAUGUGUUCCUCAGGCUCCCGAAACUUCUUGCUGCUGGCAUCCUCUCUUCUCUUUGCUGGAUUGUCAGCUGUUCCUCAAAGCUUCUCGCCAUCUCUGAGAAGCUGGUCUGGUGCUGCCUGCAGACUGUCCCGGGCAGAGUCUGAGCGCCACUGCCGGGCCCCCGGGCAGCCCCCUGGGAGUGCGCUGUGCCACGGCCGGGGCCGCUGCGACUGUGGCGUCUGCAUCUGUCAUGUGGCCGAACCCGGCAUGUACUUCGGGCCUCUCUGUGAGUGCCACGAGUGGGUGUGCGAGACCUACGACGGCAAGGCCUGUGCAGGCCAUGGAAAGUGUGACUGUGGCAAGUGUAAAUGUGAUGAAGGAUGGUCUGGGGAAGCUUGCCAGUACCCAACCAAGUGCAACCUGACCAAGAAGCAAAGUAACAAAAUGUGCAAGAAUUCUCAAGAUGUCAUCUGCUCUAAUGCAGGUACAUGUCACUGUGGCAGGUGUAAGUGUGAUAAUUUAGACGGAAAUGGACUUGUUUAUGGUAAAUUUUGUGAAUGUGAUGACAGAGAAUGCAUUGAUGAUGAAACUGAAGAAAUAUGUGGCGGCCAUGGAAAGUGUUACUGUGGAAACUGUUACUGUGAGGCUGGUUGGCAUGGAGAUAAAUGCGAAUUCCAGUGCGACAUCACCCCCUGGGAGAGCAAGCGAAGAUGCACAUCUCCAGAUGGCAAAAUCUGCAGUAACCGAGGGACCUGUGUGUGUGGCGAAUGUUCUUGCCAUGAUGUUGACCCUACUGGGGACUGGGGAGAUAUUCAUGGGGACACCUGUGAGUGUGAUGAGAGGGACUGUCGAGCUGUUUAUGACAGAUAUUCUGAUGACUUCUGUUCAGGUCAUGGACAGUGUAACUGUGGAAGAUGUGACUGCAAAGUUGGUUGGUAUGGGAAAAAGUGUGAACACCCACGUUCCUGCCCACUGUCAACUGAGGACAGUGUCAAGAAGUGCCAGGGAACCUCAGAUUUGCCUUGCUCUGGAAGGGGUAAAUGUGAAUGUGGUAAAUGCACUUGCUACCCCCCAGGAGAUCGCAGGGUGUAUGGCAAGACGUGUGAGUGUGAUGACCGCCGCUGUGAAGACCUAGAUGGAGUGGUGUGUGCAGGUCACGGCUCAUGCUCCUGUGGUCACUGCAUCUGUGAGAAAGGCUGGUUUGGGACACUCUGCCAGCAUCCUCAGAAGUGCAACAUGACGGAAGAGCAGAGCAAGAGUUCUUGUGAGUCAGCAGAUGGCAUAUUGUGCUCGGGAAAGGGUUCUUGUCACUGUGCAAAGUGCAUUUGUUCCACCCAGGAAUGGUAUGUUUCCGGGGAAUUCUGUGACUGUGAUGACCGGGACUGCGACAAGCAUGAUGGCCUUAUUUGUACAGGGAAUGGAAUAUGUAACUGUGGAAGCUGUGAAUGCUGGGAUGGAUGGAAUGGAAAUGCUUGUGAAAUCUGGCUUGGCACCGACUAUCCAUAA